CAUUCUCUUCGGUGCAUAAAUCAUAAGUUUGUGCAGACCAUCCUCUGACCGGCUUCGCGUAAAGAAAUUCGGUAGCUGUCACUUGUUCUUUUUGGGAAGUCGUCGUUAUUCUGCCCUUCCUCUGCGCCCCUCUGGGUGCCUCCCAGUUUAGGAGCUGCAUGUAAAGUGGGUGGGGAAGUGUGCGUGGAAGUGGACGCGACUGAAAACUGCGAAAUGAUUUAAACGCAAGCGCGCACGGGACAGACGUCUGGAAGCCUGUUGGAAAAGCCUGGUUUAAAAAAAUAAAUAAAUAAAAUAAAAUAAAAAUAAAAUAAAAUAAAAAACAGCAAGGGAAGUCGCUUAAAGCUGCUACAUUUCGUCGAUCUGGAUGGCCAUGCAAGGUCUGAGUGAAGCCGGGGAGAGAGUUUCGGUCGCCUGCCCGCGGGCGCAGGGCUUGAGCCGGAGAGCGCACGCUUUCUCUGUGGAGGCUUUAGUGGGGAAAAGCUGCAAAAGGAUGAAAGUAGAAAAAGCGAAGGAUGAGAAGAGAGAGGAAAGUGACUGCGGCUUGGAUACAUCGACUGGGACUGUCGUGGAUGAAGGAGAGGACAGCGCGAAUCAAAUCGAGGAAGCUGUUGAGACCACGAGCAAACCCGCUGGGGACAAAACCGAUCCGGACACACAGAUCCACGUGGAACUGCAAGGGUCCGAUCUAUGGCGCAGAUUUCACGAGAUCGGAACAGAGAUGAUCAUCACCAAAGCGGGCAGGCGAAUGUUUCCAUCUAUUCGAGUGAAAGUGAGGAACCUGGACCCGUUCAAACAAUACUACAUCGCCAUGGACAUCAAACUCGUGGAUUCAAAGAGAUACAGGUAUGUGUACCACAGUUCCCAGUGGAUGGUGGCUGGAAACACGGAUCACUCGUGCAUCACCCCGCGGCUUUACAUACACCCGGACUCGCCAUGCUCAGGAGAGACGUGGAUGCGUCAAGUGAUCAGCUUCGACCGGGUGAAAUUAACAAACAACGAGAUGGACGACAAGGGCCAUAUCAUCCUGCAGUCCAUGCACAAGUACAAGCCGCGCGUGCACGUAGUCGUACACGAGCCAUGUCUGGACGUGUCGCAAAUCGCUGCGCUCCCGACUGAAGGCGUGUGCACCUUCUCCUUCCCCGAGACGCAGUUCACAACCGUGACCGCCUACCAAAACCAACAGAUAACAAAACUGAAGAUUGACAGGAACCCCUUUGCCAAGGGCUUCAGAGACCCAGGAAGAAACAGGGGCGUACUAGAUGGCGUUCUGGACUCUUACCCCUGGCGAAAUACAUUUGGUCUCAGUUUGAAACCAUUUACUCUGGAGCUGCAAGGUGAAAACUGCGGGUCGUCCGAGAGCUGUGGUGACGUUUCCUCUCUGAAAAGCCUCUUGCCACACUCCAGUUCCUUGCUCUCCUACCCGUUCAACCUCUCUGGCCCUGACAGUGAUCUUCACAACCUCAGUGUCCCCCUCUGCUCUAAAGUGACCUCUUCAAACCCCUCCUUCACAAGCCGACCCUACUGCAGCCUCAUACCAGACCGACUCAGAGGUUACUCAGGCUUGCGAACCUUGAUAGACUACCCCAUGCUGUCUCCUCUCCAUGGCAAAAAAAUAGGUGGUUGCAAGGGCCAGUGCCUCCAUAGCCACUGCUUGAUUUCCAUCCAGAACCUCCAGUCGAGCCGAACCUCUGGAGCUCACCCGGAUACCGCAACAUCUUCUCUCAUGUCACCGUAUGGUCUGUAUAGCUACAGUUUACCUUUCAGACCUCACAUCUCCAGCAUCACCAGCUCAUCAAAACCAGCUGACAGCAUAAUCCUGGCAUCAUCCGAAAGCCUUCUGCGCCAAACAGCCUGGCAUUCGACUGUCAAUCAUUGCUUCUGACCUUGGCAGAUGCUGGAACUGAACUCUAGGUAAACAUGUCCUUAAUGCCGAUACAUAGCUGCUGUUCCUCCUGUUAUUCAUAUGGCUCAACGCAGUAUAGCUAGGAUGCAAUUUGAAUGAGUGGAGCAUGAGACUGUUACUAUUCUGGAACACUACAGUGCUAAAACUUCAUUCUUCCUCGUGGAAGACAGGACUGACGGAACGGUUUCUAUUAAGAGAUUAAGAGAUUUCUACCUGUGAUUUCCAGUGGCAGUCUUGUUAUUUUAAGUCAGAACCCUCCCGAUUCACUGAGAAAAUAUUGUAUUAUGACAUAUUUUGGUAUAUUUUUCCAACCACCUGUUACAUCAUUUUUAUUAUUAUUAUUAUUUUUUUUUUUUAAAUAUACCAUAAAGGCUUAUAUACAUAUAUGUUUUAUUAUUUUAUAUGUUGGUGUCAUAAAACUUGAACCAACGUUACAUAGUAAAGUAAAAAAUUUAAUAAAACAUAUCACAAUUUCAGUUGCAAAGCCGGAUAAAGAAUAAGCAUUUUGACCUUAACCAAUGAAAAAAAACAAAAAAAACCAACCAAAAAAAAAAACAGUAAAAAAACAUAAAAAUAAAAAAAAAAGGAAGAAGAAGAAGAAGAAACCCCAAACUGAAUGACUCACAUAUUAAUGUUUAUGAUCAACAGGUGGUUAUCAGUGGUGCAACAGAUGUAUUUUAUUAUUCAUUUGGAGGCUGAUUUUUUCUCCCCCCAAAAAAUUCUUUCAUCAACAUGUUUGUUUAUUUUCACUUUAUUUGAAUUUAGGUUUCCUACAUUACCAACAGUGCCAUUCAAACGCUCUCUGAUAGUGGAACCAGUGAGAAUGAAUCUCUACGUACAGAAAGUGAGGCAGCGACGCUUUAGUCCUUUAGCCUGUCCAGAGCGUUCUCCUCCUCAUCUGUACACUCUGCUCAAACACAAAGUUUUCCAGAUCUUCAACUUUCACGCUAAUUCCACUAUAAACACCAUUGUGCUUGUCAUCUAGUAGAUCUCUACGUAGACAGUUUGGGUCUCUGUCAUAAUCCAGCGCAACUGCGUUGUAUAGCUGCUUUGCAUUCUGGAGCUCUGAGACCAGCGUUUACCGUUUCCACAACUUCUACAUCGGGUUCCUCGUUAAUGAGAUAAUGAAUGUUGAUAGAAAAUGGCGAGUGAGAAAAGAAGCUUUUGUUCUUUUGGUUUUAGGAGCUAACAGCAAAAUCUCUUAUGUUUGAUAUAGCUGAUUUUUUUCUUCUUCUUCUUCUACAAAGCAACAUUGUAACUGUGCUAGCAAUGUGUCCCUGUGAUGCCAGAGUGGCAGACAACCACUAACAUCUCAUGGGAAUAAUGAAAAUACAGCACCAACAAAUUAGCUAAAAAGUGCU